CUCACACGCAUGGCAUUCAGUUGAAGACGCUCCCCCAUCACCAAUUGGUACGAGCAUCAAGCACUCGAACAAUCACUCAAGCUGCCAGCGAUCACACUGCGCAACUGAAACCAGGGGAGGCAAGUCUUUGCUACUCGGCAACAUAUAUAUCCGCGCCUAUGCGCUUCUCAGCAAACACGCGGGACGACUACAUUUCUGACCAGGUAUUCAAGUCUUCACACGAUGCUUAAGCUCGCUUCCGCUGCAGCCCCUUCUUUCUCCGUCAGCAGCAUGCUGCAACAGCGUGCCUCAUCCAGCAUCAGCGCGCUUGCUACCGCACGUGCUUCCUAUGCAGCGACUCGAGCCUUCAGCACAUCCUUGCGCGCACAGUUGGCUACCCCCGUGGAUGCCGACAAACCCAAGAAAUCCGUCGGCGGAUUUGCUAUCAGCUCAGCACCGCGCAUCACCUACACUUACGCGCCACCUUCUCAGCCUGCUACCUUGCACUUGAAGACUGGCCAGUCCUUCCCUGGCAAGUCGUUCGGUCACCCUGAGACGCGCUUCGGAGAGACGGUCUUCACCACCUCUAUCACUUCGUACACCGAGUCUCUCACCGACCCCUCAUAUCAAGGCCAGCUUUUGACUUUCACGCAGCCGCUCAUGGGUAACUAUGGCGUACCGGACAAUUUUGGUACAAACGUGAGCCCGCAUGGUCACCCGCUCGACGUGAACGUCGGCAGCCUUAUGGAGAGCACCGGAGUUCAGGCAGCCGGUGUCAUCGUCAGCAACCUCACCGAAAACUUCUCGCACUUUGAAGCGAAGGAGUCGCUCGCUACGUGGUGCGCUCGCCACGGCGUACCCGGCAUCAGUGGCAUCGACACUCGUGCACUCACCACGCUGCUUCGCGACCAAGGCUCCACUCUUGGCGCAAUCAAGAUUGGCGCAGGCCACGAGCAGCCACCCGCAAAUUCAGACUUCUACGACCCGAUGGGAGAGAACCUGAUCGAAAAAGUCUCGACCAAGCAGCCGUACACUAUUCACCCCGUCGGGGGUGCAUCCGCAGCCAAGGUGCAUGUUGCGCUCCUGGACUUUGGUUGCAAGGCCAACAUCCUUCGCUCUCUCCUUCGCCGCGGAGCAACUGUUACGGUGCUUCCUUGGAACUACGACUUCAACCCCGUGCGGGACAACUUCGAUGGCCUCUUCCUCAGCAACGGCCCUGGCAGCCCGUACUCAAUCCCAAGCGCCGUCGGAGUCGUCAAGAAAGCAAUCGAUGAGUGGAACAGGCCAAUCUUUGGCAUCUGCAUGGGUCAUCAGAUCAUUGGCCUCGCUGCCGGCAUCAAGGCAUACCGUAUGAAGUUUGGCAACAGGGGCCACAAUCAACCCGUGGUUGCCAUCUCCACGCACGGCAGCUCGGUCAAGGCUGGCCGUGUCUACAUCACCAGCCAGAACCAUGGGUACGCGCUAAAAUUCGAAGAGUCCGCGCGCACCAUCGAAGAUGGCAAGUGGCCUGAUGGAUGGGAGCCAUGGUUCGUCAAUGCGAAUGACGGCUCGAUCGAGGGUAUCAGACUUUCGCCAAAGAUUGACCGCAAACCGGUUUGGGCCGUCCAGUUCCACCCCGAGCACGCCGGUGGGCCAGAAGACUGCAGCGAGAUGUUCACGGACUACGUGACGGAGUGCAUCAAGGCAAAGGAGGAGCGUGGCCAGCGUGACAUCGGCGCUGGCAUCGCAAGCUCUUUCCAAGGGCCUGUUGGCACUGGUUUGAAGCCCAGUUUGAUCGAGGUGAAGGCAUGACUCUUGUUUGGAGGUACGUCGUGCGGGAGAAAGUGGGCGCGAGCAAUUGAUUGAAGAUAAUACAAACGCAUUGCAUCAAGUGUAUAUACAAAGAAUUGAUCACUACGACUGCCA